UCCGGUUCCACUGGCGUUUGCGGCACAUUGCCAUGAUUCGGUGCAAUUCACGGCUUCGACACCUGCCGACGUGUAAAACACUGCUUGCGCGAUUACCGGUUGAUGCGCGACUGAGUGAUGUGACCAAGCGCAGCUAGAUUCCAUGCAGAAGAAAGCUAACCCAUUAUUCUGGGGUCUUCCUGGCUUCCAGCUAUUGGUAGAACUGCAGUGCAAGCCCGCCAAGCAGUCUUCAAUGUUUGCAACGUAAACAUUUGAAUCCAGCGGAUCCCCCACUGUGUGUGUAGAUCGACGAGAAUUAGUAUUCGUCUUCAGUGCCUUUGGAAACAGAUAAGAGCUUUCCCGGAUGAUGGCGCAUUUGACUUCGGGGAAUUCGGGAUGCUGCGGCAGAUAUUCCAUGGAUUCGGCUGCUGGACAUACCGCCUGGUUCCUCAUCCGGAUCGAAGGAGCACUCAUCGCCACAAAGAAAGAAUAAUCGAGAUACUCCUCUGAUAUCAAAAUUGUAUGCAAUCCCCUAAAGCUUUACCCCAAAACAGCGUAACCCUGGCCCUCUCCUGAUAGCGAGGUUCUAGUAUUGAUCAGAAUCACUUGCGUGCACAUGGUAGCUAAACAACACGACAGGAACCCGUCAGUUCGGUUUAGAUGUCGUUUGAACGACUGAAUAUCCCAUAAAAGGACUAAUUCUGACGAGCGUUCAAAUCACGAAGGGAUUCCAUGAAUCAACAGAUCAAGUUCGGUGCCAGAUUGGCAGUGGGCGCUGUCGCCGUCACCACGACACUGACGCUACCACCCAGACAUACAAACUUAUCCAUAUAACAAACAUAGUAUUUCAACUACCCGGGCUAUCUCUAUCUUCCCGAGAGAUUCGAUCCUCGCAAUGUCUCCAGGCAUGCGGCAGUUACGAUUCCAGCGUCUCGGACACACUCGUGAGAUCUGCUUGCACUCUAUGUCAACCCUUACCAGCUACCCUCCCCCUUUAUAUGCAUCACGUAAUCACUCGUACGCACCACACGCCAUACCAACGACGGCUAGUAGCGACUGGCUGCCAUGCGCGCGCAAGCUAAAAGCAAGACGAUUCACUAUAUCUUGCCGCAGCCACAACAGCAGGAACCUCUUUUCCACCUCUACCUCACACUCACAUCACUCGACUCAUUCACCGUUCUGGCUAUCCGUCUCUCUGGAAACAGCAUCCCCCAUUUUGUGUUGCAUAUGGUCCCAACGGCCAGCCAGCUACCGGCUAAGAAGAGAAAGCAGCCUACCAUGGCCAACGUUGGUCGACAUCUGACAGUUGACGAACCUCCUCAUGGCCAGCCAUCUCCUGCCGUUGGGCAACCUUCAGUUUCACAGCAGGCCUCCGAGUUGAACCAAAACUUUGAACCUGAGACACAGCCAUCAGAACUUGGGGAACACAUGCAGCUCCUGAAGUGUGAAUACUGUGACGAUGACAUUUCUCCCGACCUCGUAGGCCAUGCAGAUUUGUGCAAGUAUUUUCGUCGUACUUGCACUGGUUGCUUCGUGAAUAUGGUGAGGGCCAAGAUUCACAACGGGAAUUUGGAAGAAUCUGGUGAGGCAUGCCCGCACAGCUGUGGCUUUGUCAUUAGCUUCGCGCAGCUACAGCAGGUUCUUCCUCGGACUACAUUUGUACAAUUGGACAACGCCCUCCUGAACCACCAUCUUCGUUCAAGCGACUCCUACAUGGACUGCAACAAGUGCGGCAAAGCCUUCUCCAUCGAGGGUUACGGAGCUGGCCAGUCUUCUCUUCAGUCUAAUAUGAAAAUCAAGGCGACGUGCCCUGACCCUAGAUGCUCCCACGAACAUUGCUUCUCCUGCCGUCGACAAUGGCAUGGACACACCGCAUGCAAUACCAUCAAAACUUCUGAAGAGAUGGAGACGGAGAAGAUGCUCAAGAAGAUGGGAGCCAAACCUUGUCCAUCCUGCGGUAUCUUCAUAAGGAAAAAAGGUGGCUGUGACCACAUGCAUUGCUCCAAAUGUCGCACUCACUUCAGUUGGCAUACUCUCGCAAUUUUUCCGGGCACCGCUCGAAGAUGA